AUAACGCUUGUAGGUAGGUGUUCAUGACCUAACGCACCUCACUCAACCUCUCGUAGCUAAUGUCGUUGUUAAUUUUAAUAUUCGCACAAACGGGUGAAUGCUUGCCUGCAACUUCAAAGGAUGGGAUGGUAUUACGAAUGGACGAGAACACACUGCUCGAAUCAAAGUAAUCAUUAUCAUGGCGUUGAUAAAGUUUGCGGCAGAAAACGGAAUGAUGAAUCACAUGGGAUUAUUUCAAAAUGUUUUGUUUGGAAUUGUUGGAUCACUUAGCUUGUAUCUCGUUGCGUGGAAAAAUUUGGACCAAGCUACAGACAGAUUGAUUCAGGACAACAAAGGAGACGUCUUUGACUUCAUUGUGGUGGGAGCCGGAACUGCCGGGGCAUUAGUGGCAAAUCGACUGAGUGCUAAUUACUCGGUUUUAUUACUUGAAGCUGGAGGAGAACCACACCCAUUUCAGUCCAUACCCGCAUUUGCAACAUUUUUGGUGAAUUAUCCCCAAAAUGAUUGGAUGUAUUAUACUGUGCCACAACAAAAUGGAUUUUUUGCACAAAAUCACCAGGAAUGUUUACUCAGCGCUGGAUUGGGUUUGGGUGGGACCAGCGGUAUAAAUUUUUUGAUGCAUAACAGGGGAAAUCCAGCAGAUUACGAUAAUUGGGCAAAAAUACUUGGGGAUUCAGAUUGGUCUUAUGAAUCCUUGUUGCCCUAUUUUAAACGAAGCGAAAACUUUAUUGGAGAGUACAGCGCAGGAGGCACAGACGACGUUCAUGGCAAACAUGGGGAAAUAAAUGUCCAACUUCCAGACUAUACUGGAAGGUUAGGCAAAUUUUAUCUCCAAGCUGCAGAAGCACAAGGCUAUAACAGAACAGAUCUGAAUGGGCGUUAUACUGAAGGUUUCGACUAUGUGUACUACCCGUUACAUUUUGGCCAACGUGUCAGUUCAUCCGACGCAUUCUUCAAGCCGAUAAAAUACAGGAAAAGACUGACUAUUAGGAAAUACUCUCAUGUCACAAAAGUAAUUUUCAAGGAGGGGGAAGGAAACGAGGCAUAUGGAGUGCAUUACACAAGAUAUGGAAAGAAUCUCAUGGCAUUUGCCAAUAAGGAAAUUAUUUUAUCCGCUGGAGCAAUAAACUCGCCAAAAAUUCUCAUGCAAUCAGGAAUUGGUCCAAAAGAUAACUUGAACGCUGUUAAAAUUGACACUCGCAAAGAUCUUCCAGUCGGAAAAAAUCUGCAAGACCACACCAGUGUUUAUUUAGGCCCAUUCUUCAUCAAUCGCACUUACUCACUGGAUAUUGACCGAGACUUUAAAUUGCUUGACUUUUAUAAUUUUUUGGUACACGGGAAAGGUCCAUUCACAACUAGUGGGGCCAACGCGCAGGGAUUUUAUGCAUCCUCUUUAGCAAAAUCUGCUGGAGAAUCUAAUUGGCCUGACACACACUUGACCUUGUUCGGAGCCUCCAUAUGUUCUUUUUGCGACACUCAAUUGGCAAGAGCCUUCAAUUUUAGAGACGAUGUUAUCAAAACAUAUUAUGAGCAUGCCAAAGGUAAAGAGUCGUUUAUGCAACUGGUGUCAAACGGAAGACCUCAAUCCAGAGGAAAAAUCAUGCUACGCAGUUCCAACCCUAAAAUUCCUCCAGCCAUUGAUCCAAGCUAUUUGGACAACGAGCACGACAUCCGCGUUAUGGUGGAGGGGAUAAAGACUGCAAUUAAUUUGGUGGAAAAUUCUACAGCAUUCCAGAAAAUUGGGACACAUUUUACUGAAGAAAGAUUUCCGGGCUGUCAGGAAGAAGAAUUUCGAAGUGAUGCGUAUUGGGAGUGUUAUGUUCGCCAAUAUACAGUUUCACUCCAUCAUCUUGGUGGGACUUGCGCCAUGGCUCAGAACGAAAACGAUGGCGUUGUUGAUAAUCAACUGAGAGUUUUUGGAACUAAAAGGUUACGAGUUAUAGAUGCGUCGAUCAUGCCUCAAAUUCCUGUUGGUAACACAAAUUGGCCUACCAUCAUGAUUGCCGAGAAAGGCUCUGAAAUGAUUCUCCAAUUAUGGGACAGCACAAAUGCUUCCAAUCACACUCAGGAUCAAAAUGAAACCACGACUGAGGAAAAUCUACUAAUUAAAAAAGCAUAUCCAGACAUCAUCAUUGACUACGAUAUUCAAACAUCUCAGUUAAAAUCAACUAUUAAAACUGACUAAAAUUAACCAUUUGUAUUUAACAAGUAUACAGCAUUUCAAAAUAAAUGUUACAAAUUAAAAAAAAUCGA